AUCAUUAACAGAUGCAUUCAAGUAUUCCUAGCAGUUCUUUUAAGCUGAAAAUAACCAGGUGAUAAAUCAAAAAUGCGAUUGCUUGUUCUUUGCUGGAGGAGAUACACGACAACAAACGUUCAAUAAAUAAACAUAAUGCAAGAAAAACUCAUACAGGAGUUGAAGAAAGAGGUAAAACAGAUAGCAGAGGAGGCAGUAACAAGAAAGUUUAUUCAUGCAGAUAGCACAAGUAUCACAUCGUUAUGUGCUGUUGUUGAUGCAAUUGUGAAAGAUGAUUGCAAGCGGCGAGCUGGUGGACUGUUGUCUCCAUAUGACACUGAAACUUUCUUGUUAAAGUUGAGUGAAGUUUCACCGUCAACAAUGACUUUGCUUCGAAAGCUUACUGACACCGAGGCGCAUGUUAAUACCUUUGACAUACAUAGAGUAGAUGCAGAAUCAGAAGAUGAACCAAAGAAGCUUGAUUCAAAGUUGAAGAGGUUAAACUUAGAUCAAUGUAAACUGUUGUAUGGGAAGAAUUCUAAAUUUUUAUGGAUCAGAGUUGCAUUGGUUGAAAAACUUCUUGCAAAAAUCAUCACGUCUUUGGUAGAGCAUGCAGAAAAGUUUUACGAGAAUACAGCAAUCUUGGCAGACUCUGUGUUUGGUCCUCUUGUGGCAAAUCUACUUGAUGGUCCAUGUGCUCUUGACUACUCUAAGAUGAAGACACCUGAUGGACGUUGGACUGAUCCUUCAGCCAAUGAAUUAGUUCAACGUCAUCGUAUACACAGUGGUUUAACAGUUAGAAAACGUCAAAUUUCCUUGGAAAAGCCUCAACUUGGAAGGAUUUCUCCACUAUUGGAUGAGUUUGUUGUUGCUCCUAGUCUGGCUAGAGAACAUGUGGAAUCUUUGCAUCAAAAUUCUACUGUGACAAUGUUGUUUGGAAAGAAUAAUGUUGAAGUUCAACCAAUAUCAGGCUCAGAAUGGUUUGCUGGCUAUCUCUCACUACAUCAAACUCCUCACUCGUUACUUUUGAAAUGGACACCUAAUGAAAUAAUGAGUGGAUCUCCUGAUGAGCAGAAUUUCCUAAACAAGAACGAGGCAAUUACCAUUGACACACUUGAUGUUGUGUAUGUUCAUCUUCAUCAUAAAGGUGAAGCAGAACGAGUAAUGGUGUUAAUAUCACAAGAUGGUGUACAACGACCACCAAUUCGCUUUCCUACCUUAGGCUCAUCAAUAGGGUUUCUUGAAUGUCUUGAAUCGGGUUUAGCACCAUAUGGAAGACUAGAUCCACCAUUGGUUAAUGAGACAGGUGGACGCUCAUGGUUCAAUGAUAAAGAUCAGAAAAAUUCCAAACAGACUGUAAAUCAGGAUUAUGUUUUUCGACUAGUUCCCAGUAUUCCCUCCGAUGAGAUAGGUUUUGAUAGUCAUCUUAAUUUCUGGACAACAUCAAAACCUAAAUCAAGGAAAACAAAAAAAUUGAAAAAGAUUUCAGAACGAUCAAAAUCUCGCUCUACACAUCAUGGACUUGUAAAAAAACGAGGAACUCCAAUGACAAGGGGCUCUCUGAGCAACGUUUGUUCGACUAUGAAGCAUCAAAUAUUAUACAGAGCACUUAAUGGAUGGUUUUCUCAUGUUCGACAUUUAUCCACGGUACAAAAACAUCUUUCCAGUCUUGUUGAGCCUGCAGUGCUUACCGACACUGACAUCACAAAGGAAGGCUUAACGCGACAAAAAUGGUGCAACAUCUAUAAACAUGGCGAGUUGUGCUCAAACAAAAAUGAAAUCGCCAGACUAGUGUACUACGGUGGUGUUGAGCCCGAACUCAGAGAUUUGGUAUGGCCGUAUCUUCUUGGAUACUACAGAUAUGGUAGUACACUUGAUGAACGCGAAGAAGAAGAUAAAUUGCGUCUUUGUGAAUAUAACAGGCUUGUAAAUGAGUGGUCCAAUGUUGAAUCAUUAAUUAAGACACGAACGAGAGCAUCGGAAACUGAUCAUGACAGCACUGCAGAUAGCGCUGGCAGCAAGGAAGACGGGCUCAACGAAAUGGAAAAAGAUGAGUCCAUUGAAAGUAAGAAAGAAACUGUAAAAUUGACGAAGAAUGAUUUCAAGAACAGCGAUGUAAAAGAAAACGAUUGUGAUCAUGAUGAAAAAAACACAUGUUCGUCCCAGCAUAAUGGGAAUCAUGAAGAAAUUGUUUCUGAACAUAACCGAAUCACUCAGGAAAAUACUUCUGUAUACGAUGAAAAUAUAGACGGAAGCAACUCUCCAAAAUCAGAUCUUGACAAUGAGAGCGGAUGUUAUGAUUGUUUUGAGGAAACUGGAGAGAAGUUCAGUUUCCCGCGAUUUUCUAUUGUCAAUGGUGGUGUUGGAAUAACUAAUGGUUACCAUGGCAGUGGUGGUUACCAUGGCAGUGGUGAUGGUGAAUGUGAGGUGAAUCAAGGGGAUGUGCGUGGAUAUAAAAGUUGUGAUGACGAACAUGAUCACUCAAUUUGUACUACAUAUUCAGAUGAUCUUUUGAAUAAUUUUGGCAUAAACGUUCAUCGUAUUGACAAGGAUGUGUUAAGAUGUGACAGAAAUUAUCCUUAUUUUACAAAUCAAAAUCUUGAAAAGUUGAGACGAAUUAUGUGCACUUACGUAUGGAAGACAUUGGAUGUUGGUUAUAUUCAAGGAAUGUGUGAUCUUCUUGCUCCACUUCUUGUCAUUUUUGAUGAUGAAGUGAAAUCUUACUAUUGCUUUGUCUUACUGAUGAAACGAAUGAACGCGAACUUUCCUCAUGGUGGAAACAUGGAUAAUAAUUUUGCAAACAUGCGAUCACUUAUACAGAUUCUCGAUCCUGAACUCUUUGAAGUAAUGCAACAGAACGGAGAUCUCACACAAUGUUUUUUUUGUUAUCGAUGGUUUUUACUGGACUUUAAAAGAGAAUUUCUUUACGAAGACAUAUUUCGUGUGUGGGAAUGCAUAUGGUCCGCUCAUGUUUGUUUUUCCAAGAAUUUUGUUUUAUUCAUUGCUCUUGCUUUGCUGAAAAGUUACAGAAAUAUUUUGAUAGAUCGUUGUAUGGAUUACACGGACAUAAUAAAAUUUUUUAACGAAAUGGCUGAGAGACAUGAUGCGCUUCAAAUUUUGGAACUUGCUCGGGUUUCUGUACAAACCGUAUCUACGUUAAUACAAAAUGAAUAAAUGAGACACAACACGCACGCAAACCUUCGUAUUGUUAACUCAUAUUUAUUAAUUAUAGGAAUAAUUAAAACCAUAGGUUAUGUAAAUGUGUACCAUGGGGCACGAACACGCUCCAUAAAAUUAUGCAAUGUGCACAAUGCUUAAGGUGUUGUAGCAUUCUAUGAUAGAGUAAUCUUUAAAGUUAAGAACAAAACUAAAUGAAUAUUUGUAAUGGUUAAAAUAAUUUAAGACUGUUAUCUUUGUGAGUUGUUCAACAUUGGAAUAAAACAUCUAAAACCAGCUA